CUUCCCGCCGCGCGUCUUUGGGCUAGGGGUGCCCAGCGCCCCCGCCCUGCUUUGUCCCUGGUGCAGCGCCCCCUGCCGGACACCGCGCUGCGCCUUCUGGGGCCCACUGCGCCCCGGCAAAGUGGCUGUGAGCUGAACUCCCCUGUUCUGCUCAGUGUUCCCUCCAUGAUGUACUGCGAUGCUACAGGCCCAAAGCAACGAGCCCAGAUGAAUCUAUGAGCCAAGACAAGUCUUUCCUUUUCUUAUCAUAUUUACCCCAGUGUGGAAGGCUAGCUCUGGGGCUGCCACUCCUUUGGAACCAUGGUGGCAUUGCUGUGGAAGGUGCUGGUGGGCGUCGGUCUCUUCGCUCUCACCCACGCUGCCUUCUCUGCUGCACAGCAUCGUUCUCAUACACGACUGACAGAGAAGGAGGAUGAGCCGCUGCCGACGGAUAUAGUUCUCCAGACACUUUUGGCCUUUGCGCUUACCUGUUAUGGCGUGGUUCAUUCUGCAGGGGACUUUAGAGACAGGGAUGCCACUUCAGAACUAAAGAAUAUGACAUUUGACACCUUAAGGAAUCGCCCGUCUUUUUAUGUGUUUCGCCGUUCUGGCUAUGGACUGUUCCGGCGUUCAUACGCAACUCCUUCUUCAGACCUCAGCGUGUCAUCUUCUGGCGUACAGUUGAAGUUCUGAAAACUCAAAUCGCUGCACCAUUCAGCUUUAAAAAAAAAAAAAAAUUAAAUAACAGGACAGACGCAGAAUUAAGUCCUGGGGUUUGGGAUGUAAAACAUCCCCUACACAUCAGUAUUUUUACUGAUAUUUCAGACUUAA